GUGGUCAAAGCAACUCGUCUAAUGAUCUACAACGCUACGGAUGAUCUCGAUUCCCCUGGCGCGUGUGCAAGCCCGGUCGAAAACGCUCCUUUCUUGGAAUCGGAUAACAAUACUUUGCUUAUGCUCCCUAGACAUCUUCAUUUUCUGGAAAGUUCAAUAACUGUUCUAGCAGAGUUUGCGGCUAAUCCACCUGAUGAUGCCACUUCUACCAGAUGCUGGAAGCUAGUAUUCAGUAUCCAUAAAUGUCCAUCUGAUAAUCGUGGCCUAAUGUGCUCCGGAAAUGGUCUUUGCCUAUUACGAGAGGGUCUUCCGCAAUGCCAUUGCUGUGUCGGGUUCACAGGACUCUAUUGUCGUGAAAGCACGUGCUUUGAAGCCGAUUGUCAGAACGGGGGCACAUGUCUCGUGUCAAAAGAUGUCACAGGAUACGAGCCUGUGUGUGUAUGCCCUGUUAACACUACCGGAAGUAGAUGCGAGGUGGCGCUCAAUCCUUGUUGGUCCAACCCGUGCUUUCAUGGCGUCUGCGUGAACAACUCGAGCGGCUAUGAUUGCUUCUGUGUCCCAGGAUAUCACGGUCCGGACUGCAGAUUUGAGUUCGACGAAUGUGCUUCCAACCCCUGUCUGAACGACGGCACUUGUGAGGACAUGAUAGAUGCUUUCAAGUGUCGAUGUUACCAUGGUUACAGGGGUUCCAAGUGCGAAAUCAAGGUCGACUUGUGCAAUCCGAAUCCGUGCGCUGCAAACAUUUCCUGCAUCGAUCUUGGAAAGAACGUGCACUGCGCAUGUCCCAGUGGACGUACGGGUGACAAGUGCGAUCACGUGAUCAGCGCGUGCCUCUCCAGCCCGUGCAACAGUCACGCCACGUGCAUUGAAAAAAAUGGCGGUUACAAGUGCCUGUGUCCCGCCACAUUCGCUGGGAAACAAUGCGAAUACAUUAUGGACAUAUUCUCUCCGCCCGUCGAGACCUCCGAGCUCUCGGACUCCGCCCACCGGCACAACCUGUACAUUGUUGCUGGCACGCUCGGGACGCUCGUGCUGGUGGUGGUGGCCGUGCUUGUCGCCUGCUACUGCCGCAUCUACGAGACGUACCGGCAGCUGCGCUGGCAUCGGCUGCGCAACCAUAUUGGGCGCUCUGUCUCAUGCCCCGACCUGGAUAUGCACGGGUCCAGAGAGGAGCUCUACAAGGGGGCCCGCCUAUCCGUGGACUCGGCGUUACUAGGCAACACCGCGAGGCUCCAAGGCAACAGCAGCAGGUGCUACGAGAACUCUACGUUCGAGAGCACCGGAAGUGGAGCCGCCAUGUCGGUGUUGCAGGUGUAAGGAAUGAGCCGGAAGUGUCGGGAUAAUAUGUUGCCAGCGAUGUGCGUCGGUGAUGCAGCAUGGUGGUCGUUUGAACGACCAAUUAGUUGACUUACGGCUAUACCAAAGACCUAGAACACAUUCUAAGUCUUUUGCUAUAUUCACAAACCAGUUCUUAGACUUAAAUUUAAAAGAACAUGUCACGUAUAUUCAUAAUUGUAUUGUUAUCAGUCUUUUGACGAUUGCAUUCUCUGUUCAUAAGUGUUAGAAUGGGUUGGUGAAAAAACUGACACCAAAAGUUGCAAUUUAAGAAGAUGCUGAGUUCAAUAAACGCAGAUGUCCCCUGGGUAAGAAUUGUAAGUACCGUAUAAAUUCAUUGACCCAUAUACAAAAGUUCCAAAUUUAGGUUAAAGUCGAUGUUAAAAGUGCUCAGGGUAAUUUUGGAGUGUUGAUGGCAAACAUCCAUGCAGGUGUCAACGCUCUGUAUGAAGCACUAUUGAUGUUAACGUCGUACGGACGAAUCGCCUUCUUGAAUAAGGAGAUAAUAGCGCCAUGAAAACGGAAACGGGGCUCAAUUUAAAGCGCUUAAAGGGGCCUUUUAAGUUUUGGU